GCCACAGGAUUUUGCUCUUCACCGUUGCCCGUGAUAGCAGCAGUUUGGACAGACGGCUGCUGCUGGUGUUGUAUCUGCUCUCAAUGAAAAACGACCAGGAUUCAGAGGCACCGCCAAAGCUGAAGGAACUCAGCAAGUUCUUGCCAGGUCAAAGUAAAGCGCGGAGGGCAUGGGUGGAUCAACUGUUUACCUGGGCCAAGCAGCGCUUAUCUCCGAUCUUGCCUCCUGUUGCUCCAUCUUUUGGGCCCUUGGAUGGCACCAUGGAGGUUCACCUCGCCGAUGCCUUGCCGUUGGCCGUCCCGCGCAGUGCCACGGACUUUGGAUGCCAUCGCCAUGUGUUGGGCAGCGAGUCGGCUCUCAACAGCGCAUGGCCGGUGCUUUCCCAGGAGGAGUUGACUGCGUUGUCGGGUCACCAGCCAGCCUUGGUGGCUGGUUGCCCUGGGCUUGAGGACUUGCUCGUGAGUGAAGUGAUGGAUCCUCCUCCUUGGCGACACCUGGGAUCUGUGUGGAACGGACUUCCGCGGCUGAUGUCUUCGGUUCCGCGUUGCGGCGUCAAUCGGGAGACCUUGGAGCGCUGGAAGAAUUCCGCUGCUGCCUUCGAGGCUCACAGCCGACGCGAGGAGAAGCCGACUCUGCAGUUCAAGACUUCUCAUGGAGGGCUCACUGGACUUUGCGGCCGCGAGUCACAGACAUCACUGAAGGAUGUGGUUGGAGAUGUGGAAGCACUGCUCAAGAUGUUGCAGGCACAGCGGGACUCGGAUAUGAAGCGAGCACAGCUGGGAGUGGAGGCCAUGAUGGCUUGGUCUAGACGGCCACUUCAACGUGCAUCCGAGAGUCAUCGGAAGGUUUGGGACCUGGAGGUGGUCAGUGGAUUUCAUCCGCCGAUGCUGAGCUUCGAAUGGAUUCUGGCAUCCAUCCUGGCACGGGAUGCCGGCCAAGUCUUCGCAUCGUUUCUGCCGUCUUCGUUGGAUCCAGAGGCAUGUUUGGACGUGCUGCAGCCCGAAUGUUUGGUGAAGGCCACCCUGACGGUCUUGUUACUGGCCACCCGCGCCACCGCUGCACGCCGCGCCUUAGCCCAUGGCUUCGCCUUGGCUGCCCAGCUGAGGCGCUUGCCUGAUGUGAUGAGCAGUGGGGAAUGGCGCAGUUUGCAAAAUCUCGCGUCCCGACUCGCCACUGAGCUUGGCUGUGGUGAAGAGUUCGUAGAAGCAGAUGGAUCAGGUCUGGUCAUGGAUCCACAUUUUUUGCUCUUCGAGUGGCUUUUUGUCAAGGGAAAUUUGCGGUCUUCGCAGAUGGAUUUGGUCCGUCGCUUUGUGGAUGCUGCCAGGUCAGAGCAACCUUUGGUGCGGCAGCUGCUGAUGGGUGAAGGCAAAUCCGCUGUGAUCGCGCCACUGCUGAGUUUGUUGCUGGCGGAGGAAUUGGUCCUGCAGGUUGUGCCUGAUCCGCUCCUGUCGCAAAGUUUGGCCAUCAUGCGGGCCCUUUUUGGACAGGUCCGACUGGCCGUGACACAGUGUGCUGCAGUCUGCACUACAGCCUCCUCUGUGAAGAGUUGUAUUCUGUCCUUCGUUGAAGCCACCUACAAGCUCUCCCAACUUGCUGGGCACUCUUCGGGCCAUAGGACCUACGACAUCUCCAAGUGCAUCGAAGUGACGGAAAAACAAUACCCUGGCGCUGCCGACUUUUCUUCUCAGGCUGAAAUGGACUUUGUGACAGUUUGCCUUCGCGGAAUCCUUUUGACCUUCCGCUCUGCAAUUGUCGUCCUGGACGAAGUAGACCUCAUCCUUCAUCCGCUGAUCUCUGAACUGAACUUUCCGGUUGGACCGCGACAGCCCUUGGAGUUGUCUCCGGAGCGUUGGGAACUUCCAUGUCAUUUGCUGCAGCCCUUCGUGAGAGACAAGGAGAGCCCUUGCCACAGCCCAGCAGCCAAAGCAUGUCAGGAGGCCAUCAGCUUGGGUGUGCGGAAACUGGCUUUGCGGCAAAAUCCUCAUUUGAUCCUUGCCAUCGAAGACUUCUACUUCGAACACCUGGAAGAACCGUUACGCCUUUGGCUCUACGAAUAUCUGAAAAACCAUACAGCCACAAAGUCGAUGAGCCAAAGCGAAAUCAUGAGAGCCUUACAAGGGAAGACUGAAGUGGCAGCAGAUGCAGAGGACCUGUUGACUUUGAGCCGUGAAUGGCUGAAGCAUUUGUUGCCCUUUGUGUUGGGGAAAGUGAACAGGGUACACUACGGCCUGCUGCGACGCAAAGAUCGUCUGGAUUUGACGACUCGUGGUUAUCCACCCACCGGGACUCGUUUGCAAGUGGCAGUUCCAUUCACAGGCUUGGAGACGCCGUCGUUGGCAUCCGAAUUCGCCAAUCCUGACGUUGCCAUCGGGCUGACCAUUCUAGCGUUUGGCUACGAGGGCAUGCGGUUUUCAGAUGUCAAGGCCAUGCUUCUACUGUUGAAAGCAGAGCUCUUGAGAGAUGUGGCAACUCCUCCACUGCAGCGUGAAGCGUUUCGUCGCUUCCAAGAGUGGACGAAGUGCGAUGCUGACACGGCGGUGUUGCCAUUGGACCUGGUGCAGCCCGAUGCGCCAACCAUCCGAAGCCUUAAGACGCUGUGGCGCCAACGUUCUGAGGUUUAUCUCUUUUACUUGAGACGGGAGAUCUUUCCGAAAGCCACGCCGACACAAGUGAAGAAGUUCUCGGCCUGUGCACAGGAAUUGGCAUCUCCAAGCAUCUUCAAGGUCCGUCUUGGUUUCUCUGGCACCCCUUCCAACAUCUUCCCCUCAACUAUGCCACCCGUGGACUUUGAUGAUACGGAUGGUCAAACUAUGGCAAUUUUGACGUCUCCACAGGUGGUGUCGUUGCAUUGUUUGGCUUCCGGUUGGACCCCUCGAAGUUUGUUGGACUUCGUCGCCACGCGGCAGUCGCGUGGACUUGUUGCCUUUUGUGCAUUGAUUGAUACUGGGGCUCUGCUGUGCGGCUUGGAAAAUGAGGAGGUGGCCAAGUUCUUGAUGGAAAGUCCCUUGAGUUCCGUAAAGGAUGCCUGCAUUUUCCUGGCUCGCGGAACUGAUUUGCCCAUGAUCUUGUUGAAAGGUGCCACAAAAGCAGUGCCGUUGGAAGAUGCCAACAUCAGACCGGAGAGGCGCUUCUGCUAUUUCGACCAGCCGCAUACGACAGGAAUCGACAUUCAGCAGCCACCUUUGGGAGUUGCUGCCAUCACGGUGGGGAAAGACAUGUCGAUUCGUGAGUUGCAACAAGGCGCCUGGCGAAUGCGUGGCUUAGCCAAGGGCCAAGGCUGUGAGAUGCUGCUGCCAGAAGAAGUGGCUCUCUACAUGCGCGUUUUGUUGAAAGACGACCGAGCUUUGAACUUGAAAAAUCUGACUUCAACAGAAGCUCUGGCAGAAGCCCUGAGAGAUAUCCAAUCGGCUUUGCUGUUGAAAUCCUUGGAGCAAGAGGAGUUGCAAGCACGACAGCUGGUGCGACAAGAUUUAUUGAGUGCGUGGAAGGAUGAAGCUCUUGGCGAGUUGCUACAAGGCCGAAAAGACCAAAAGGAUGACAGUGGAGGUAACGGAAUCAAUGCAUUGUUGGAAUCCGUGCCAACCAGCAUUCGCAGUUCCUCAUCACAAAGCUUGGAAGAUGCAUUGCGGGACCUCGCACAGCCAUUUAACAAAACCCUUUCGGUUCGGGCAGCUGUGGAUCAAGCAGUCAAGCGUGCUGUGCAGAUGUUGGGUACCAGCUCUGCAUCAGAUUCCUGCACGGGCGAGAUUGUUCGUGAACAAGAAGAGCAACAGCAACAGGAACAUCAAAUCGAAUCCGAAGAAAAUGGCCCCAUCCAUCGGCCUCGAAUCGGAGAAACCCGCUUUUGGGAGCUUGAGAAAUUGCAAAUCUUGGCAUCUAACAGUUCCAGCGACAAAGGCUUCGGCAGUUUGUUCGCCUUUCCCACCUUUGCCUCUGUAGCGGAGAUCCUCAUGGGCAUUGCAGGGGCAGCCUCCAACGUUGCAAAGAAAAAUUCUGUGCUGGAGAUGUUGGCGACAGUUGGAUUGCGUUUUUCUCCCAACUCCCGAUUGACCACCGAGAUUCCAAUUGUUCGUCCUGUCUUAGUUGCUUUGCAACUGGAGCAGGCGGGCCGCCACUGUGUUGUGGCACUGUCGCUUAGCGAGGCUGAAUCGCUUCGUUGGGCUUUGGAACACUUUGGAGCAUCCAGUCGAUCUGAAGCCUUGUCAUUUUCCCUUCACGUCGUUUCUGAAUCUCCGAUGUUUGGCGCGGAUGCCGUGAGAAGCAAAGUUAUUUGCUCCAGCGAUGUGCAUGGCGAACUUUCACAGCUUCCCAUUUGUUUGCUACGCUUCUACUUGGGGGAGUCGUGGUUUUCCACACAUGAACUGAAUUGUUUGCAAUCAACAAUCGGGCAGCACAAGCAGGAUUUCCGACGACUUCGGGCUGCUGUAUUCAGUGCUCGACGCCCAGGAGGUGCUGCCGAUUGGUCCUGCACUCCUUUGGCCACUGUCCUUGGAGAGGGUGCUUCAAUCACCGUUGCUAUGCAACCUCCUGGGCCUACCUUUCUGGAACGUUAUGGCACCGAGGCCUUGGCAGGCGGUAAGGACUUCGUUGAGACCUAUGCAAACCAUGUGAACGACUUCGAAGCAGUGGUUGAAGAAUAACAAGGAGAGACUCUGAAACGCGGAGAGCCAGUAGACUACCUUGGUCGUGCGCGGACAGCUGCAGCCUGUGUUUUUGUUGCAUCCAAAGUUGAUGCGCAGUUGUUGGUUUCGUUGCAAAACUUCGGUCCAUUUCAGCAUGCCAUUGGGAAAAUCGGCAACUUCCGAAGGUCCAGCCCCAGGCAGGGGCAUGCAUGGGCCAGUC